AUGGACGCACUUAUGAGUGGGAUGAGUGGUGGCAUGGAUAUGGGUUCGAAUGGGAUGUUCAAGCCGUAUAAUCAAAAACUGGCUUUAGGGUAUUGGUAUAUUAUUGCUGGGUUUGUGGGCGCGGUGCUGCUGUGUAGGGGGUUUGAGAAAUGGAGGGAUUGGGAUAGACUUCGAAGAAGCCAGACGGGUACUCUGAGAUAUCCAACCAAACCUAGUAAUCGCCUUCAGGAGAUGUACGCAACAGCUACGGCCAUUUUCCGAGAAAUAUCAUAUCCGCAAAUUCACAUCUCAACUCCUUAUCUUUCAUGGCUAUCCCCUCCCUCGUCAGGCCGUGCUGUCCUUCUCCUUUGCUAUUGGGCAAUCUUGAUUUUCAUGAUGACAUAUGGUGCCAUUAUAAAAGAUGCCUACUACUACGAACGCAUUGGAUUUCGCGGCGCUUGGAUCUCCGUUACACAAGUCCCACUUGUCUAUCUACUUUCUUCCAAGUCGAAUGUCAUUGGAGCUUUGAUUGGAAGUUCUCAUGAAAGAUUAAACUGGUUCCAUCGCUGGGCUUCAAGGACUCUACUAAUUACUGUUACGGUUCAUGGUGCCUUUUUCUUCCGGGAAUGGGUUCGAGCAGACUUUGUAGCUUUUGAGCUGAGUCUUAUGCCGAUGGUGAAAUAUGGGAUGGGCGCAUGGGGACUCUUAGUCUGGACAUUUUUGAGCUCUUUAAGUCCAUUGAGGAGAAUGGCUUACGAAAUAUUCGUGUUGCAGCAUAUUGCUUGUGCGGGAGUAUUCUUGUGGCUGCUGUACAUUCAUGUACCUGAAUAUGCUAGGUAUAACGUAUGGUUUGCUGUGGCAGCCGUGUCAUUCGAUUGGGUUCUAAGAGGCAUCUUACUGAUUGUCAGAAAUUUCAGAGUGAAGGUUGUUGGAGCAGCCUGCAGAGGAGUGCAAAGAAUUGGCCACCAGGCGGAGCUACAGGCUUUGAGUGACGAUAUAACUAUAAUCAGCAUUAAAGACGCACCAUUCACAUGGAAAGCAGGUCAACACAUGUAUCUCUGGCUUCCGAGGCUUGGUCCACUUGAAACUCAUCCCUUCACUAUCGCGAGUCCAUAUCAGACAUCGAAUCAGUGUCAUUGCAAUGAAAUUCAACUUGCAAUCCGCGCCCAGAAAGGAUUUUCACGAAGGAUACAUAAUUACGCAACAAAAAUGCAGCGCCUCGAUAAAACCGCUAUUUUGACGGCAUUUGUGUCCGGUCCUUAUGGUAUCCCUCCAAAUUGGAGUUCUUAUGAGACUAUACUUCUGAUCUCCGCCUCUACUGGUGCAUCCUUUACCCUCCCCAUCCUUGAAUCCAUACUUCAUAAUCCCGCACCAACAUGUGUGCAGCGGAUUCAGUUCCUUCUUGUAGUCCGCGAACGUAGCCAUAUCGAUUUUUAUACCAAGCGGUUAGGAAGCGCGUAUGCUAUUGCAGACAGGAGGGGUAUUCAAUUAAUUGUGAAAAUCGCCGUGACCGGCGACGAUGGAGCAUCAAUGACCAGCUCCAAAGUGGAAGAAGGAAGAGCAGGAUAUCAACCAAGCAGCGAGGAGAAAGAAGGUGACAUGACCACUAAAUCCAUUGCAUCUAGUACGACGACAGAGGCAGGAGGAUGCUGUUGUAAUCCACGAUCAAGUGGAACAGCAAACGACGAUGAUAUUUCAAUCCGAAGCCUCAAACGUCAAUCAUAUAGCGACGAAAAAAAGACUGAUGAAACAUCCUAUGUCACCACUCAACAAAUAUCCCGCACCUCUGAGGAAUAUCGACAAGCUGGUGGUGGUGGAUGUUGCUGUGCCAAGAAACCAGAAAAGAAAUCAAGCGAAAAAGCAGAGAGGGGAGAAAGAGAUAUAAUAUACCUAAGUGGAAGACCCGAUAUAAGUCAAUUUAUUAGAGGACCAAUAGAAGCCACAGGAGGAGAAACUGCAAUAACAGUUUGUGGAGGAAAGAGUUUAGUGGCUAAGGUUAGAAACUCGACUGCGAGGUUGAGUGAUGAGAGGGCUGUGCAUAAAGGGACCGGGGCAAACGGCAUCUUCUUGCAUGUCGAGGAGUAUUGUUUUUAA